GGUUAGCAUCACUUGUUAUUUGUCCUCCGAAUUAAGUGCGCUGUUUUCCGAAUUAAGGGUGGUGUUACAGGGGAAGCAUUUCUUUACCCUCUCUGGGGAUUUGAGUUUUGCAGCCAAUUAAGAGGACGGACUCCGGUUUGCAAAGAGGGAGGGAGCUAGUCGUGUAGACGGAGCUGAAGGAGGAAAUCGCGAAGGAGAUCCGAACACUCCACCAGCUAGAGAAUGCCUUCACGAGGCAAGAAGAGACACAGAGCAGCCUUGGCAGCUACAAAAGAACCAGAUUUGAAGGUGACCAAAUCUGAGACCAAGAAGGAGGAAGAGGCACCCGUGUCAUCAACAGUCAAGAUGAAGGGCCUUGCAUCAAGAAAUGCCAGGAAAAACACCGAAGGAGAAGUCACUGCUGAGCAGCAAGGAAGCAAGCCAACCUACAGUCACUGGCUUAUGAAGUCUGAACCGGAGAGCAGGUUCGAGAAGGGAGUGGACGUGAAAUUUGGCAUUGAAGAUUUGAAAUCUCAACCCAAUCAGACAGCUUGCUGGGAUGGAGUCCGCAAUUAUCAGGCACGGAAUUUUCUGCGGGAGAUGAAAGUUGGGCAAGAGGCCUUCUUCUACCAUAGCAACUGCAAGGAACCUGGGAUUGCUGGCAUCAUCAAGAUAGUUAAAGAGGCCUACCCAGACCACACCCAGUUUGACAACAAGGAUCCUCAUUAUGAUGCUUCCAGUACCAAAGAGAAACCCAAAUGGUCCAUGGUCGACGUCCAGUUUGUACGCAUGACCAAGCGCUUCAUCCCGUUGGCUGAACUGAAGGUCCACCACCAGAUGCACAGAAACUCAGGAGGGCCCCUGAAAGACGUGGCCCUCUUCACCAGACAGAGGCUUUCUGUCCAGCCCCUGACGGAUGAGGCAUUUGCAUUCGUUUUGAGUCUGGAAGAGGAAAAGCAGCACUAGGAGCCAACUGCAACAGGCAGAAUCAUCCACAGAGUGGCCGAGAACUCAGUAAAACACAUUUGUCCUAUGCAACGUUAGGACUUCUGACUGACAAGAGAGGAGAACCUGGAACUGGACCAAAGCACUGUUGUCUUUGUGACUGCCUGUUGGCUGGGGCUGAAGUUUUGUGUUUUGGAUUUGACUUUUUGUAAAAAUAAAAAAGUUAUUGUCUCUUUUA